GGCCCCGGAUAAACACACCUGAUCUACCAGGAAUGAGCCAAGAGCCUCUAAGCUUCUGCAAUAUCUAAACUUACGCUUUGCUUAACCUCACAGGCCGAGCGUUCAUAUUUAAGGAACAGUCGACCCCAAGAUGGGGCGUCUUCGUGUCUACAGAUCGCUCGGCUAUACACCGCAGUCAUGGGCCUCACAACUCUAUUCGUAGCCUCUCUGGCAGCCGUGACCGGCGCAGUGCCGGUUCUAAACCCCAUUCAAGCGAUCCAGGCUGCGGGCCCACCAGCAGGACAAGUUAUCACCAAGUGCACUUCGCCAGGCAUGCUUGCCCUCGCAUACGACGACGGGCCCUAUCAGUACACGCAGAAGCUCGCCGACAUCCUGUCGCAAGGCGGAGCGAAGGGAACCUUCUUCGUGACUGGCACACUCUACGGCUGCAUCUACAACCAGAAGACGGCCGUGCAGAACGCGUACAAAGCAGGCCAUCAAAUCGCAUCGCACUCCUGGACGCACCCGCAGAACUUCGGAUCCUUGUCCGCAGCUGACCUGACCUCGCAAAUGCAGAAGGUCGAGAACGCGCUCGCCAACAUCAUUGGCGUGAAGCCGACGUACAUGCGGCCUCCUUAUCUCGCCACGGGCGGCAACGUGCUCUCGACCAUGAAGACCCUUGGCUACAGGGUGAUUACGGACGAUGUCGAUGCGGAGGAUUGGAACGGCAAGACGCCCCAGCAGAGCGAGCAGAAGUUCCAGCAGGCGGGCGCCAGUGGCAAUGGACACAUCCCGCUUAUGCACGAGACGUAUCAGGGGACUGUUGAGACGCUCACGCCGUGGCUGAUCAACUGGGCUAAAACGAACAACCUCAAGCUGGUCACUGUCGCUGAAUGCCUUGGUGACCCGACUGGUGCAUAUCUCAACGCUACUGGAGACGGCAAGAUGUCUUGCUAAGGGUUUGCGCUUGCGUGUCUGCCUGCUGGCUGCAGGAUGGACAGCUGCGCUGCUUCAGCUUCAUGAGCUUACAAACGCUCUUUACGAAUCACAUAUCUUCAUCAGGUAUCCGACUUUGAAAGACGACUCCGUGUUUCCAGGAGAAGUUGCUUAUGUGAUCGCUCACGCACGUGAAUCCGUGGGCUUGGCGUGAAUGUCGGACUAUGACAUCACCGACUUCCCGACGGCACCAACGGCUUUUCUUUCGACCCCACUGCAAACUUAGAACGCCACGACGCCUCUAAUACGAUGUCUGCUGCAUAUCGACGAACGGCUGGGAUCUAGCCCCGCCGCAGCGCCUCGUGGCUGCAUCUUAUCGU